GAGCCGCUGGGUAGCCGCGACUUCGCGCCGCCGUGCCGCCGGAGAGGGGCCGCUCUCCAUGGGAUUGGAUGCUGCUGCUGCUGCUGCCGCCUCGGACCCUGCUCCCUGCGAGGAUCCAGCUCCCGCCCCCGACUCCCGUUGGCUGGGGGGGCUCUUCUCCGGAGCUGCAGGCUGCCUUGAGCGGGGCAUGACCCGGCGGGUGGCGGGGGCCAGCUGUACCUCGCUGCCCCCUCGUCGAGGACCGGGCGGAGGUAGCUCUGCUGGGCUCCCUGCCUCUCCGGGGCGGCGCUGCCCGGCCCUGCCCUGAGGGUCCGGGGGGCAGAGGAGCGCGGCUCUGCCGCUGGAGCCGCUCUGCAAGGCGGCUCUUGGACCGUUGGCGGGGGGCGAUGAGGGCAGCGGGGCGGCAGCGGUGGGGCGGCGGGGCGGGGCGGGGGCUCCGCCGGGCUCUCUAGGACUCCGGCGCCCCGCACACCACCAUGGAUCUGCUGCUGGUGGUGAACACGAGCCUGGGCUCCCCCAACGAGUCCCUGGCGCUACCGCCUUCCUCGCCGUCCUCUUCUGAUCUCCUGCAGCCGCCCUCCCCGUACUCCCCGGCGGCCGUGGCCGGCCUGGCGGCGGUAGUGGGCUUCCUCAUCGUCUUCACCAUCGUGGGCAACGUGCUGGUGGUGAUAGCUGUGCUCACCAGCCGGGCGCUGAGAGCACCCCAGAACCUCUUCUUGGUGUCCCUAGCCAGCGCGGACAUCCUGGUGGCUACCCUGGUCAUGCCUUUCUCCUUAGCCAACGAGCUUAUGAAUUACUGGUACUUCGGCAAGACUUGGUGUAACAUUUACCUGGCGCUGGAUGUGCUCUUCUGCACCUCCUCCAUCGUCCACCUGUGCGCCAUCAGCCUCGACAGGUAUUGGUCAGUCACACAGGCGGUGGAGUACAACCUCAAAAGGACCCCCCGGAGGAUCAAGGCCAUCAUCCUCACUGUCUGGCUCAUUUCAGCUGUCAUCUCCUUCCCUCCAUUGAUCUCCAUGUACCGGGACCCCGAGGGAGACAGUUUUCCCCAGUGCAAGUUGAACGAUGAGACGUGGUACAUCCUUUCUUCUUGCAUUGGCUCUUUCUUUGCCCCCUGCCUCAUCAUGGUGUUGGUCUACAUCCGCAUUUACCGCGUGGCCAAGCUAAGGACCAGGACCCUCUCUGAGAAGCGUACAAUGCCAGAGGGGUCCUCCCAGACUGAGAAUGGCUUGAGCCGCGUUGCUGGCGGUUGCACAUCCGUGAGGAUGAAGCUGGGAGAGAAUGGACAUUAUUCAGUGCACCACUGGCGCAAAGCCUCUGAACUGGAGGACAUUGAGCUGGAGGAGAGCAGCACCUCAGAGAGUAGACGGAGGCGGAGCCGGGAGGAGCAUCCCCGCAAAAGCAGCAAAAGCCAGUCCUUCUCCUACUCAUACUCCUCCAAGCACUCUAGUAGCCGUCUGUCCCGCGCUAGCAAUCGCUCCAUGCAGUUAUUCUCAUAUCGUCGUCGCCGGAAGCGUAGCAGCAUCUGCCGUAAGAAAGUCACCCAAGCCCGGGAGAAACGCUUCACUUUCGUGUUGGCCGUGGUCAUGGGGGUCUUUGUAGUUUGCUGGUUCCCUUUUUUCUUCAGCUACAGCCUCUAUGGUAUUUGCCGGGAGGCGUGUGAGGUCCCUGAGACUCUCUUCAAGUUCUUCUUCUGGAUUGGGUAUUGCAAUAGCUCCCUGAACCCAGUCAUCUACACCAUCUUCAACCAGGACUUUCGCAGAUCCUUUAAACACAUUCUUUUUAAGAAGAAGAAGAAGAACUUCUGGCAUUGAGCUGGAGGCAUGAAUUUGCCUUGAACAGGAGUAGAGUUAAAAGAGGAAAAGGCUCUGUGCUGACAAAGAAGGGAGGGAAGAGAACAUGGGAUUUGGGCUCGCCCCCUCAGUGGAGCAGAGUGGUGCUGUGGGGUAUAGACAUAGAGCCAGGGAGGCUGAGGGCAUUCACAAUGGUACAGAAUGGUGCUGGAGUGUGGAUGGGUAAAAGGGAAGGGGAGUGGUUGUCUUUGAACCUUGAUGGAGGGCAUGGGGAGUCCACAGAGGAAAAUAGGCUGACACUGAUUUUGGGAGGCAGUGAGCUUUUACAGGAUCUGGAAUUUUGUGGGAAAACAAGCAGAGACAUCAGGAGGAAAGGAUUAAGUGGCAGUGGUGAUGAAGAUUUGAGUAUUUAUAAAUAGAGCAGCUGGGUCCUGUGAUGGUCUCGUCCCAGUAAGAAAUUAGCUUUUACUGCUUACGUGGGCAAAGAAAGUGCAAAGUACCAGGCACUGGCAGUUUUCUGAGUUACAAAAGGAUUUAAAUGUUUGCCAAAAAAAAAAAAAAAAAAAAAAAAAAGUCCUAAAGAACAAUCCAAACUCUUUUCUAAAUAAACCUUUGUACUGUUAAAACCUUCUGAAUGAUGAUUUUACACAGGGCUUAAAUCAAAGAGAAAGCGUGGGGUUUUCUUUUCUUUGGAGGGGUCUUUGCAUGUAGAGCUGGAUGGGAAACUUUUUCUAUCUUCCCAUAGUUUUUGAUUGGUCAGUGGGACAAACCUGUGAGUCUUGCAUGUCUUCAUGAAAUAUGAAAAGGAGCACAUGCUCUCUAUGACCUUACUUCUCCCUCUUGGAUUGCCAGGCAGUAAGAUCCAUCUCAGAUCAGUGUCCUAAGCACCUUGGUAUCCUGAAGCAGGUAGUGGGGGGAAAACAAAAAUCAUGGUUGUGAACUCACCUAAUAUUUUCUGAGUUAAAAUAAAAAAAAUCGGAUUUCCAACCAGCUCAACUUGCAUGUGUCUUGGGGAACUUACUCCCCCACACCCUCUCUUUUUACGUUCCCCUCAAAAGGUUUAUCUCAGGGGCUGGGUGCGAGCUGCUCUCAUCCUCAGACAGGCAGUUGGAGGCAGUCUGAUAUGUAGAUUUGAAGAGGAGGAGCAAUCACUACAUCACUAAGGUCUUUAAAUCCUCCUUAUUUACAGUCUAGAACAACUAAAUCCUUUGUAUUUAUUUUUUUAAUGAGAAGCAUACAUUGCAGAUCAUCAGUGGUGUAUGAGAACAGAUUUCAAAAGAAGGUGCAGCUGUUCCAAACCUUUAAUAUUAAUGUUGCUUUCUUUCC